AUGGCGACCGACAAGGAAGUUACGCCGUACCAUGAUCUCAUAACCACGUCCAAAGCCUACGACGUAGCCUGGCAACGAGAAACGGCGAGUCUCCUCGAAAACCUCAAUUUAGGCGGGAGGCAAUUACCAGGAAGCGCCUGGAGACGGCACCACAUGUUGGCUUGCCGUGUACUGAUUGCUCCUUAUGCACCGCACCUACUACCGUCAUACGCCAACGCAGAUGUCGGGGCACUUAUAGACUACAACGACGACGUACGCUAUUUCGAGGAAGAGGUUUAUCCUCCCGUUACUGAGGAGGUACUCGAUCACCACAUCGUUCGCGCCCAUGGGGCGUCCCUGGGAUCAGUGUGGUCUGCUUUGCAAGAAGUGAAACGACUACCUAUCACCCAGACAUCCAGCCCUGCGCCUUCGAUGCCUCCGCCUUCGAUGCCUCCGCCUUCGAUGCCUCCGCCUUCGAUGCCUCCGCCUUCGUCCCAACUGGCUCCCCCUCCCACCCAAGCUACUCCCACCGUACGACGCUCCGCCCGCAAUGUUGGUGUGACAUCACCUAACUACAGCCUCCACUACUCACCUUCCUCUGAUGCCAGUAUGGCUGGAAGUUCUCCUUCUCAAGCUCAAACGUCUUCUUCAGGGACCGCCUACACGUCCGAGGUCGCCGCAAAAGACCUAAAGACCGAAGAGCACUCCGUCCAUCUAAUCUCAUGUGCACUCCGUCACAUACUGAACAAUACGCAGCCACAGGUUACUCAGAAAGCGGUAGAAUACCGACAACGGGAACGACUGUCGAUGGACGCCGGCAGAAUCAAACUUCUGGCUGUCGAUGACGGAGGUUUACGACUACGCCAAGACAACGAUAUCCUCAACAGCCACGUGGCCGGUAUCGAAGCCAAGAGGGAGUGGAAACUUACCAGAGACAACAAACGAGUGAUUUCAGACGAAGCACUGGCCCAAAUGACCUAUGAGGCCAUCUUGGUAAGGAGCAAGCCUAGAAAUAGACCCUUCAGAGACAGUGUCAUAAUGAUCCACAUUGCUCGACACCACGUUUGGUUACUGGAAUUUCGCAUUACUCCCUCCUACAUGGCACAGUUGAGACUUGGAACAACUCCCGUGGAGUUUCUGAACGUGACCAUUACCCGGGAGAUGGACCUCGACAAGCCGGAGGGGCGUAAGGCCUUUGCUGCGAAUGUGAAGCACCUAACUGCCUCGGUGCUGAUGUGA